AAUACUUGCGAUGAAUCACGUCGCGGUUUCCGCGCCAUUUUUGAAAAUAAGAAAAGUCGAGAUGAGAAGACAAAGCAAAGCAUUUAUCUGGAUCAAGCGUUAAACCAGGCUCACGAUUUCUUAGAGGAAGGUUUCUAUACCAUAACUGUGGCUGCGAACGUGUCGAAAACAUUCCGAUGAAACAAUUUUUCACCCAUGAUUUGUCCUGCAGCUUACAGUGUUUAUGUACUCGUGGUUUGUCAGAUAGCUGUUUUGCACAAUCGUCGAUAAAAUACAGCAAAACUUACAAUCGUAAGCAUUUCUAGUAGCUGUUUACUUGAUGUCGCUGUCUCCGAGCUAUAAGUUUGGUGUUUUCAUCAGAAAGGAUUAAAAUCAUAAAUUAUACUAAUUUAGCAAAGGGACUUUGCUUGCGCGAUCGAUGCGGCCUCGUUUCGAAUGUGCGCUGUCAUAAAGCGACUUUUGUUUGCAUUUAUUUGGAGAUCUAAACCUAUUCUCUUGUAUUUUUCAACUGCUGUAGAAUCAGAAAGUUCCAUUUUCACACUUUUGCUGUGAAAAUGCAUGGAAUGGUGAAAAAAUAAGUUUAUUAUUUUACGUCUUGAAGUGAACAUCCGGGCUUUACGCGUGCUGUAACACGUGCAUAUUCUUUUUGAUUCGCUGUGCGUCUUUCACAGCGUCUGAGUUACUUACGCACGGUGGCUCGUCUUUCUCCGCUGAAUAUUGACAAAUCUAUUUCGUGAGGUACAGAGAAUGCCUAAAGGCUCCUUAUGUAAGAAUGUUGCUUCUUCUUAAAGCUGCAGAAUCAGUAGCACGUGGCUAUAGUGUUCCUGUUGAAGAGGAAUCGUCGCAAAGGACCCAUCGUCGGAAGAAGAAAGUCAACAAGGGAAGAUGGACGAAAGAUGAGGAUGAAAAGUUGAAAGAGCUUGUGGAUGACAUUGGAACAGAUAACUGGAAAGAAGUUGCAGGCCAUUUUUCAGAUCGUACAGAUGUCCAGUGCCUUCACCGAUGGCAGAAAGUGCUCAACCCUGAGCUUGUGAAGGGCCCUUGGACAAAAGAGGUCAGAGAGCCUGAAAACAGGAAUUUAAUACUCUUACACUAGCUUUCAAUAAGGGUAGUCGGACAUGUU